UUCGAGAUGACCCAAAGAUCUGAAGCGCAAGGGAGCAAGUACGGCACCUAUAAGUGGGAUGACGGAUCUGACCAUGAUGAUAUAACAAAGAUAUAUGUACAAUAUUCUCCUAAAGGCAUACACUCCAUUAGUUUUGACUAUGUCAAAAGUGGAAACCCGAGUGAUGGAUCCUUCCAUGGUCUAUCGUAUAAUACUUGCACGCAGACGUUUGAGAUUAACCAUCUAAAAAGUGAACAUCUUGAAUCUGUUGAGGGCUACUACACAGAUGGCAUUGGGUUUCAAGCAAUUCAAUUCAAAACCAACUUGAAGAUUUCUGAAAAGAUGGGAUAUCAUGAGGGGGGUACUAAGUUUACACUAGCAGUAGCGGGAAAAAAAAUCAUUGGGUUUCACGGUUCAUUUUCAGUUGAGACGGUCGACUCUCUUGGAGCAUAUUUCACCUUGAUUACUCCUACUAAGAUGGAAGCGAAAGGGAGCAAGGAAGGCAAGGAGUGGGAUGAUGGAGUUGACCAAGUGGAAUUUACAAAGAUACAUGUACGAAGUGGUCCUGAAGGCGGCAUACAAUACAUUAAGUUUGAGUAUGUCGACAAGGAUGGACAGCUGAAAGAUGGGCCAAUCCAUGGUUCUAUCUCUAGAAGAGGUUCCCCACACGUGUUUGAGAUUAAACAUGCUGAAAAGGAAUAUCUUGUGUCUGUUGAGGGUUUUUGUGAUGGUGAUGACGAAUAUGGGGUCAUUCAAGCACUUCAAUUCAAGACUAACAUCAAGACUUCUGAACUUAUGGGCUCCUACACGGCCACGGAUAAGAAGUUUAGACUUUGGGCCAAUGGAAUGAAGAUCGUUGGGUUUCACGGAUAUGCUAAAACAAAUUUAAGCUCUCUUGGAGCAUAUUUCACACCACUUAUUCCAACGAAGGGUGGAUGCCGUGUUAUUAAAGCUGGAGGCACCCUUUGGGAUGAUGGUGCUUUCAAGGGUGUUAGAAAGGUGUCAGUUAUAUACGGAAGUUCUUAUAUAAGGGGUCUGAGGAUUAACUAUGACAAUGAUGGCAAAGUCGAAAAGCAUUACCAUGGAAGGGCAAGUUUAUCAUACUCAUCCUCUGCUGAGCCAGAAGGAGAGUUUAUGGUUGACUAUCCAAACGAAUUUAUCACGUCUGUGGUGGUAACAAUCAAUUCUAAUGAGGUUACGUCCUUGACAUACAAAACAUCAAAAGGGCGAACCUCUCAGACAUUUGGAAGCAAAACUUCUGAUUCAUCUGAAUUUGUCCUCGAGAGCAAAGGUUGUGUGAUUGUCGGGUUUCAUGGAGUUUAUCAUCCUUAUGAAAUUACGGGUCUUGGUGCAUAUUUUUAUCCAAUGCCUCUUCCUCCUGCUGCGGAAAAGCUAGAAGCACAAGGUGGUGCUGGAGGAUCUCCAUGGGACGAUGGCAGUAAUUUUGAAGGUGUUAGAAAUAUAUACAUUGGGACAGGUGAGAUUGGUAUCGUUUCCGUCAAGUUUUUGUAUGAAAAUGACACUCACGAGAUAGUAGUGGGAGAUCAUCAUGGGAACAAGAACCUACUCGGACAUGAUGAGUUUAAGCUGGACUAUCCGUGUGAAUACCUCACAUCAGUGGAAGGUAGUUAUGAUGUAGUACCUGGAAGUGAAGAAUUUGAAGUUAUACUCAUGCUCAAGUUCACCACCAACAAGCGAACUUCUCCAUCUUAUGGACUCGAUGAUGACCCAAGCUUCGUGCUCCACAAGGAAGGUCACAAGAUCGUUGGGUUCCAUGGAAAAUCAAGUAACAUGCUUCAUCAACUUGGCAUCCACGUGCUCCCCAUCACUACUUCUUGA